GCACGACGGAUGAGAAAAGAAGAAAAGUGAGACUAAAAUAAAAAACAAAAAAACAACGACCCCCAGGUCGACAGAGGACCAUGUUUGUCCCCCUGCCGGUCCCCUUCGUCUUUCAGAGAACAGCGUCCGACUUCAGCGCCUGGAGACUCAAGUCCUCGCUGGCUCCGCGGUCCAGCCCCGAUAUCAGGAUGUCUAAAGCAGCAGAGGAGGAGAAGCCUGGGGCUGAGUAUCCAGGGGACAGUUCAGACUCUGACAGGAACAGCCCUGAUGACCAGGUUCAGCCGAUGAAAACAAGCCCCUGCAGCAUCUCCCCCACACCGGCUGGCAGCAAGGGAAAGAGCGAGGAGAGCUCUGAGAUCGUCCGUAGCACCAUUCCUGCUCUAACACCUUCCCAACAGCAGCAGCAGCAGCAGCAGCAGCAGCAACAACAACAACAACAACAACAACAACAACAACAACAACAACAACAGCAGCAACAACAACUACAACAACUACAACAACAGCAACAACAGCAACAACAACUACAACAACAACAACAGCAACAGCACCACCACACACAGCUGAUGCUGGCUGGUAGUCAGCUAGCAGGGCUUGCCGCUCUCCUCCCGGCCCAGCAGCAGCUUCUCCUCCAGCAGGCUCAGGCUCAGCUCCUGGCCGCCGCCGUGCAGCAGUCCCACGCCGCUCACGCUGCCCACGCCGCCGCGCAGCAACAAGCCAACCAGCACCACCAGCAGAGCUUAUCACAAUCCCAGCAGCAGCAAAUCAAGCAGGAACAAACGGUCCAAGUCCCGCCUCCACAGCAGAUGGCUCUGACGCAGCCAAUCCAGCUCACUGCCCAGGACAUCCAGCAGCUGUUGCAGCUCCAGCAGCUGGUUCUGAUGCCCGGUCAUCAUCUCCAGGGUCCCGCUCAGUUCCUCCUGUCUCAGCCCACGCAGGCACAGCAGCAGCAGCAUGCUUUACUCUCGACACCAAAUCUGAUCCAGCUACCUCAGCAAAGCCAAGGAGGACUACUGACAAGUCCACCUCGCCUGGGACUCCAAGCACAGAGGGAGAAGAGCAGCGAUGUGCUCGGUGGGAGCAGCGGUGGCUCUAUCGUUGCCACCAGCACCGGCGGAGUUGUGACAUCUGUUGGAAUCCCUUCAGCCUCCAGCAGCUCCAUGGCCUCCUCAUUGACGCCUGGCUUAACUUCUGGAAGUCACGGGGGUCACGGGGGUCAUGGGGGUCACUUGGGCGAAGAACCCAGCGAUCUGGAGGAGCUGGAGCAGUUUGCCCGCACCUUCAAACAACGACGUAUCAAGCUGGGAUUCACCCAGGGAGACGUCGGUGUUGCUAUGGGCAAACUGUACGGAAACGACUUCAGCCAGACCACCAUCUCCCGAUUCGAAGCCCUCAAUCUGAGCUUUAAGAACAUGUGCAAACUGAAACCGCUGCUCGAGAAGUGGCUGAAUGAUGCAGAAAUCAUGGCGGUGGACAGCAUGCUGCCGAGCCCCUCCUCUCUCUCCUCCCCCAUGCUGGGCAUCGAGGGUCUGUCAGGCCGUCGCAGGAAGAAACGCACUAGCAUCGAGACCAACGUGCGAGUGGCCUUAGAGCGCAACUUCUGCAUGAACAAUAAGCCUAACUCGGAGGAGAUCUUGCUCAUGGCGGACCAGCUCAACAUGGAGAAGGAAGUGAUUCGUGUUUGGUUCUGCAACCGCAGGCAGAAAGAGAAGCGCAUCAACCCCUCCAGCAGCACCACCCCUCCCCUGCCCUGCCAGACCUCGCCUGUUGUGUCACACAGAGCCCCCUGCUACAGCCCGCACAUGAUCUCGAGUCAUGGUCUGUCCCAGGUCACCACCUGUCUCAGCACAACAGCCUCCAGCCCUUCGGCCUCCUGUCCCAUGACUCCCGUCAGCUCGGCCGCAGCAGGCUCCACCUCUUCUUCUGUGACCUCCCCCCCUCAUAGCACAGCUAGCCCCGCCCCUCCCAGCUUUGCCGGGGCCCUUGGGUUCAACACCGGGAACACAAUGAUGGGACUAAGCACAGGGAUGACCCAGGCCCUCAUUGGCAGCAAUUCCCUGGCUACCAUGCAAGCCCUAGUGUCGAGCAGUGGUCAGCUGCCCAUCACCAGUCUGGAUGGGGGGGCAGCCCACAUGCUCCUGGGUGGGCCUGGGGGUACGGGCAUCCCUCCAUCCUUUCGCUCCUCACUCUUCCUCAAUCAUCCAGCCCUCCUCCCCAUGGUGACGGGCUCCAUGGCGACAGCCUCCACGACUGCCAUGUCCCUGGCCAGCAGCAGCAGCGGGGGUGGUGGCCCGAGACUCCCCUUCCCCCAGUCCCCCCCCCCAGGCACCAGCAGCCUCAUGAGCCCCACCACGUGCCACGAGGAGUCCGCUUCUCCGUGUUCAAGUCCCGCCUCUUUCUGUUCCUUCAGCGAAGCCUCACCUCCGCCCCUGGGAGGGGCCAUGGCCGAGUGA